AUAGGGAGGUAGUGGAGAGAGGGCGAGGUACAACACACAGCACACUAGACACCUGCAAACACUUGACUGGACUCGUACAGAGAGGGAGCGCGCGUCUGACUCUGGAAUAUUAACGGAUUUUCCCCCUCGUGAUAUUGUGAAGGAUGACAGUACGAUUGGAAAUAGGAAAGUUUUUUUGAGCUCUGCGUAGCCUCUUUCUUUCAAAGUGUACCCGGUUUAUGAACGCUAGCCAGUACUUCUGUAUAAACUGCGGGGACUGGAAACUUUGGUAACUGAGAAAGAACGAACAGAUGGACAUUGCCGCGUUUAUGUGCGUUUGGUGACCAUUUUGUUCGUACCGGACAGUUGUGUGCCACGGAAUGUAACAUCUUCCAUCUUAAGUUACCUGGACAAGAAAUCUCGGAGGGUUAAACCGCUGUCAUUAUUGUGAACAUGAAGCCAUCUCUGCUUUUCACUUUGAGUUUGUGUGUCUGGGGUUGUCAUGGCAACACCCGCACAACACCCCGAGUGCACCUGUCAUACAAAGAGUUACUGGAGACAAAAACCAUUCGGCCCUUCAGUUUCUCCUUCAACACCAGUGACUACAGAAUCCUCCACAUGGACCAAGACCAGGGCCGACUUUAUCUGGGCAGUCGUGAAUAUCUAGUCUCUCUAGACAUGCAGAACGUCAAUAAGGAACCACUUAUUAUUCACUGGCCGGCGACAACACAAAGAAAAGGAGAGUGUAAAUUAACUGGCAAAGGAGGACAGGGAGAGUGUGCUAACUUUGUGCGUCUGAUUGAGCCGUGGAACAGGACUCACCUGUACACCUGCGGCACUGGAGCUUACAAACCCAUCUGCACCUUCAUCAACAGAGGCUGGAGAGCUGAGGAAUACCUCUUCCGGCUGGUUCCUGGUUAUGUGGACUCUGGAAAAGGAAAGUCUCCCUAUGAUCCCCGUCAGGAGAACGCAGCAGCUCUGAUCAAUGGGAACCUGUAUUCUGGAGUGCAUGUGGACUUCAUGGGUACAGAUCCAGCCAUCUUCCGAACCUUAGGAGACCGUCCUGCUGUCAGAACCGAGCAGUAUGACUCCCGAUGGCUGAACGAGCCAGUUUUUAUAAAAAUCCAGAAGAUUCCAGACAGUGCGGAGAAGAACGAUGACAAGCUUUACUUUUUCUUUCGGGAGAAGAGUCUAGAUGCAUCGGGAGGCAGCGCUCCGAGUGUCCUCGCUAGAGUCGGACGGGUCUGUCUGAAUGAUGAUGGAGGUCAGAGGUCACUGGUGAAUAAGUGGACGACGUUCCUCAAAGCUCGGCUGGUCUGUUCUGUGAUCGGUGCAGAUGGUGUGGAGACCUACUUUGAUGAACUGAGGGAUGUUUUCAUCCAGAGGACCCAUGAUGAACGAAACCCCAUUGUGUAUGCAGUCUUCUCCACAGCUGGCUCAGUGUUUAAAGGCUCUGCAGUGUGUGUUUACUCAAUGUCUGACAUCAGAAAUGUCUUCAAUGGGCCCUUCUCUCACAAACAUGGCCACAACUACCAGUGGACACCAUACACUGGCAAAAUACCUUACCCUCGGCCAGGGACUUGUCCUGGAGGAACUUUCACCCCUGAUCUCCACACCACUAAGGCCUUCUCAGACGAGGCUGUAAACUUCGUCCGUGCCCAUCCGCUGAUGUACCAACCUAUAUAUCCCAUACACAAGCGCCCCCUGGUGGUCAGGACUGGAGUCGACUACCGUUUCACUACCAUUGCUGUGGAUCUGGUGGACGCUGUGGAUGGAAGAUAUGAGGUGCUCUUUCUGGGCACAGAUCGUGGAACAGUUCAGAAGGUGAUUGUCUUACCAAAAGACAUCAGCACAACAGAAGAGCUCAUUUUGGAAGAGGUUGAAGUUUUUAAGACUCCCGCAGCUGUCAAAACUCUGAAGAUUUCUACUAAAAGGCAACAGUUGUACGUGUCUUCAGAAAGGGGUCUCACCCAGGUGUCCCUGCACAGGUGCGCCGUCUAUGGAAAGGCCUGCUCGGACUGCUGUCUGGCACGAGACCCCUACUGUGCCUGGGACGGAGAGCACUGCUCUGCUUUCACCCCUGCGACAAAGAGGAGAAGCAGAAGGCAAGAUAUCAAACAUGGAGAUCCUCUACGGCAGUGCAGAGGAUUUAACGCUAAAGUAGAGAAGCGCUUGCGGGAGACGGUGCAGUUCGGGGUGGAGGGGAGCAGCACCUUCCUGGAGUGUCAGCCGAGGUCUCCGCAGGCCACUGUCAAAUGGCUCUUCCAGAAGGACGGCAGGAGAAAAGCACUCAGUCGAGACAAAGAGGUUCUGAAGACGGGUCAUGGAAUCCUGCUGAAAUCUCUCACCCAAUCAGAUGCCGGUCUUUACCAUUGCCUAGCAACCGAGAACAACUUCAAGCACACCUUGGCUCGCAUCUCCCUCCGCAUCCUGGACAGAGAGAUUGUAGAGGCGCUGACUGAGUCAGACAUCCCGAUAGACCCAGAGCACCGGCGCCACCAUUCCCAUCAGCACCCUCCACCCCCACCGCCUCCACCUCAAGCUCACCCACCAGCUCUCCCACUCCACCCACAGCCUGAAGUGCGUCUCAUUAACCAGUACUGCCAGUCCUACAGGCAGCAGAUGCAAAGCCAGCCACAAAAAGCCAAACGCAACAACCGCAGGCACACAGGAGAACCAGAGGAAGAGCAGUGAAUGGAGGAGCAUCUGCUGACCAUGUCCUGAAUAUGUACCAUCAUGUACUUCUUCUACCAGGCAUAUUCCUAUUUGGCCCCAUUAGUAUAAUACGAUUCAUUAAUUUAGAUUUAAUCGGAACCGAACUGAUGAUUUUUGAGGUACAGUUUAAUGCACUUAGCUUCCCUAACUAAUACAUAUUUGGCUGUGAUGUACUCACGUCCAUAGUUAGCAUUAAAUGACACUGCUUUGUUUUUUUAAAUACUGUGGGGAAAAUAAGUAUUGAACACGUCACCAUUUUUCUCAGAAAACUCAUUUCUAAAGGUGCGGUUAACUUGGAAUUUUCCCCAGAUGUUGGUAACAACCUAAGAAAUCUAUAUAUGCAAAGAAAACAAAUCAAAUUAGUUUACAAAUCAAGUUAUGUGUAAUAAAAUGUGUAAUGUGUAAAAAAGUAUUGAACACAUGAACAAUGGGAGCUGUAGAAAUGCAGUGAAAGCCCAGACAGCAGCUGAAAUCUCUUGUCAUUGUUAAUUAAUAUCAGCUGCUUCAGUCCAACAUCUAUAUUACCAGGAAGAUGAAGAUGAAACUAAAGUGGACAUUUCAGCAAGACAAUGGUCCAAAACUCUCAAAUGCUUUCAGAGAAAGAAAAUCAAGCUGUAGAAUGGCCUAGCCAAUCACCUGAUCUAAAUCCAAUAUAAAAUACAAAUUAAAGAUCAGAUUUGAUAGACAAGACCCACAGAACAUCACGAUUUUUAACACUCUGUUGAAGUCUGUGAAAAAAUCACACCUGAGUAAUUCAUGUGACUUCGUUCUCCAUGUUAGAGUCACCAAAAAAAGCCUUUCAUAUGAAGUAUUUAACACGUUUCAGUAGUUCAGUACAUUCUCCUUGUGUCAUUUCAUUGGUAUUACACAUAACUCAUUUUUCAGAUUUUUUUUGUUUGUUUUAUUUUGAUGUUUGUAUUGUUUAAGUUUUUACCAAAAUCUGGUUCAAUGGAGUCAACAGCACCUUUAGAAAUAUAAUUCCCAGAAAAAAACAUGAUGUUUUGAAUAUUAACAUUUUUCUCCACUGUACGUUCUUGAACACGUCCAGCCACACCAGCAAAACUACUGCCAUUUGAUGUAAAAUAUAAGCUAUACCCUUUAUGAUACAUUACAUGAAUGACUGCAGUGUAAAUACUUUUAGACAUGGUAAAACAUGGUAUAGAGGGGUUGAGUUUAACGUUUGCAGAUUCAGUUGGGAGUCUCUAGACCCUCAAACCGUAAAAUACAGCAGCGGAAAGAACUUUCUGGAGCAUUUUAAGAUGUACGUAUGCACAAGACUAUAAUUAUAGGACAAUAUAUCCUUUAACCACAAAAGUUUUUGGGUUUUUUUGGAUUUACAUAAGCAUUUUAUUAUAGAGUUUCUAUAGGAAUGGACAUCUUGGAGUGACGUUUAAGCAUAAAACAAAUUUUCAGAUUGAAAUAUGCAUUUAGGAUAACUAUUUACUUGAUUAUAUUUUAUUUACUAAAUCUGUAAGUAAAUUCUGUCAAUGUUUAAGUCUCACUUUUAGUCCUCCAGGCACAUGAGCUAUAAUUUUGGUCUUGAUCUAUGACAGGAAAAAACUAAAAUAAUAGUUUAGUGUAAUGUGUAACGGUUAAACUAAAUGCUUCAGAUAAAACUGACUGUGCUAUAAAAAACAACAACAGUAUUGAUCAUUAUAAAAAUAACAUACAUUUAAAAUAUUUCUACUUUUCAAAUGAUCAAAUAAAAGUAAAUCAUGCAGCUAUGAUUCCAGUAUUUGUUACCAUGAUUGGAUCAUUGCCCUGAAAACUGAAAUGCUUCAUUAGGACAAAACUGUGGACCAAAAUGAAAGACAUCUGCUAAACAAUACAACUCAAAAUCCCUUUUUAGUCAGCAUUAGCUGUAUCUAUUUGAAAAAAAACCUUUGAUACAUAAUUCACGUCGACAUUAACAAUCUUUAAAUGUGAAAGCAACCAAAAUGCGAGUCAUUUUUGUCUCGUAUAACAAAUGUUCAUCCUCCAACAACUAUGAGCAAACACAUCUUCCCUGAUUUGCUGUAUAUACAGUUUUUUGUUCAGCCUGGUCUCUUCUGUCUUUGGGACUCUGUUGAUAGUCGGACCACUAAAAACAUUCUCACUCUCAAUCCAUAAUCGACACAUUUUUGUAUUCCGCUGUUUUGUCAAUGGUGAAUUGUGGUCAUGUUCUUGCUCGUGUAUAAACACAGUAUCUGUGCUUUGUGUUGUGUGACAAUGACACAUGUACAUAGAAUAUGUAUGUAUUGGACUAGUCACUGGUCAGGAUUAUAAACUAACCUCCUUUCUUUCCCUCUCUCUCUCUCUUCUCUCACCCACACCAUACGACAUAUUUAUUGUGAGAGUGUACAUAUUCAUGUGAGUUGUGCUCUUUGGUGGUGGGACAGGGCUGGUUUUGAUGGAAAAUGUAAUUGUUUGUAUUGUUUAUUAACAGGACCAGGACACAUGGAGAGAUGCUGAGAAAAAAAAGAGGUAGAUGUUUUUGGAGUUUAUUUAGGUUUGUUUAAAUAUUAUAACUUUAAAAUUAACCUUGAUGGUCUCAAGAGAAAAAUAAAAGUUUGUUUUAUCAGUAUAGGUGAAAUAUAAACCGAUAAAUGGGUGUUGCAAAUCGUUUUUUGGACACACAAUGCAAAUUGAAGUCAGAAAUAUCUACCUCUUCAAGCACUUUCUAUGGAAUAUCCCACCAAACUAAAGGACAAUGGCAAGGAAAAUGUGUUGUGUAAUUUCCUUCUGAGAACAUAUACUUUGUCUAGCCCACUAAUGUCAUCAUUUUGAAAGCGUAAGUGAUGGAUUUUCUUCAUUGGAUUGGUUGGAGGAGUAUUUAUAAUGACUGUGUGUGAAAUUUGCUCAAUGAAACACUCAGUGGUUUGUAACCCCAGACAUGUUAUCUGGUCUUGAAGGGUGGAGGACAAACUAUUCUCAAGUCCAAACCGCACUUCUUUCCUCUCCACAGUGAACGAAUUGUGCAGAACGACAUCUGGGUCUCCGAGGAACUUUUAACGCCACAUUGACUUUCUUUGUCCUGUUGUGUCUUUUCUUUGGUGUUGGAUGUUGAGCUAAACCGAAACUUCCUAAAUGUGGUUGCUUCACAAAAUAUUUCCUCUUUGUAUUUACAGAUGUUUGUGUAGGUUCACGUUAAUGUGAUUGUUUGUGAUAAAUAUUAUUUUAUUAUCAUGGUAUUCUGGGGUUCAGGAGUUCUAAUAGGUGUUUUUUAAAGCAAUAACAAUAAACUGCUGUUUUUGUUUUUA